UGUUGCAACUGACAACAUGUGAGAAUACCACAGACCCUUGAAUCUGGUAUUUCCAGUUGCGUCUCGAGAAAUUCCGAACCAUUUACACAUUAUUAAGUUCUUUACUGCGAACUGUACCUCAACUUGUUAAGAGGAAUAGAUUUAAUGGAACUAUAAAAUGUAACAACUACCGCCUGAUCUCUGUUAGAACCGUUCCGGUGCGACUCCGUUAAGCUUUUACCUCUUUUAAUACGUACAAUUUAAUAAUCAGUCAUUAUGAAACUGGUAUUCGCUUCUUAACAAGGACACCGAUUCCACUGAUCUUGCAUAAAUAACUUUAUUUUUCUUUUCCAUGUUACCCACCAUAAAAGAACAGGUAACUGGAUAUAGUGUCAACCAGAAUCGAGUGGACUUCCAUGAAGUGUGUUUAUUUGUGAAGUAGUUUUUGAACACAGCAGAUACAAUGAUUAAUCUGAUGUUCGCAGUUUGCCUUGUGGCAAUUUGUUUAGUUUCGGUCCAAUCUGGAGACAUAGACGACCUGAUUAAAGAAGUUUUUGACUCAUCCCCAUCACCGGUUACUCCAUCUUCGCAAAACAAGGUUCAUGAUAGAAACUGCACGUGUGUUCCGUAUUAUCUUUGUUCUCACUCUACUGAUGCUCUAAAUGACGAAGGCAUCAUUGAUAUUAGAAAUGUGGAAUUUUCAUGUCCAAGUUACAUAGAAGUAUGUUGUGAAGCACAAGAUUUGAUAAAACCGAAAACAAAAACUGGAUGUGGUCACAGAGGUGGCGUUGGAACUCGAUCAACUAAAGAUGACAAGAAAGCACAAUUUGGAGAAUUUCCUUGGAUGGUUGCCAUACUGGAAAAGAAAAAUAUCGAUUCACAAAUCUUAAACGUUUACCAAUGCGGCGGCACCUUGAUACAUCCCGAGGUCGUUCUAACGUUGGCUGACUGUUUAGAUCCGAAAAAAACGUAUAGAAUACGUGCUGGAGAAUGGGAUACGACAACGAAUCAAGAACUCUUCCCGCAUCAAGAUCGGGAGUUAAAAUCUAUCGUCAUUCAUCCCAAUUACAAGGGAAACAAACUGGAAAACAAUGUAGCCUUACUGUUCUUGGAGUCGCCAGUAACUUUCGCUGAAAACAUAAACGUCGUAUGUCUGCCUCCAAAAGACCAAAACUCGGAUAAUUCUAAAUGCGUCUCUACCGGAUGGGGCAAAGACGCUCCUGGAAAAAAGGGUAAAUACCAAGUUAUCAUGAAAAAGAUUGAUCUUCCUGUAGUUCCCCUGGACAGUUGCAACAAAAAGGUACAAUCUCUUAAUGUCACCAAACUGGAUGACUCAGUAAUUUGCGCUGGCGGCAAUGACGGUCAAUACAUUUGCAAGGGGGAUGAAGGAGGACCUUUGGUUUGUCCCAUUGACGGCAAAGAAGAGAGAUAUUAUCAAGCUGGAAUUGCCACCGUCAAUUCCUGUGACAACAAAAUACCCAGUGUUUUUGUGAGGUUGGCCGGAUUUAGAGUGUGGAUCGAUGAACAAAUGAAAAUUAAGAAUUUAAAUAUAGAUUCUUAUCAGUACUGAUCAAUAAUAUUGUAUUAUAUUUAUUUUAAAAGGUUUAAAGGUGUAGAAUAUAAAUGAAAAUAUAUACAUUUAUAUUA